GCGUUGGAAUUGCUUUCUCACUCAUCGACAUUUCCGUUUUCUCCCAUUGGCCAAUUCGGCCACUCUCCUCUCAAAAAGCCUCCUUCUUCUUCUUCAUCACCAAAAUCCUCUGCGGUUCCUUCGCUUAUUCCAACCGUCUCUCAAGUUCCCUACUUCGCUCAGCUACCGCCAACUAAAACCUCACCCAACGCAUUUCCUUCACUAAUCCCUCGCUGUCUCGUAUCAAUACGUCUCACGGUUCCAGAGAUCGGAGGGGAGAGGAGCCAUGGCGCAUAGAGUGGACCACGAGUAUGACUAUCUCUUCAAGAUCGUUUUGAUCGGAGACUCUGGUGUUGGCAAAUCCAACAUCCUCUCCAGGUUCACUCGGAACGAGUUCUGUUUGGAGUCCAAAUCCACUAUCGGAGUUGAGUUCGCCACCAGGACUCUUCAGGUAGAGGGAAAAACCGUGAAAGCACAGAUCUGGGACACAGCGGGUCAGGAGCGAUACCGUGCCAUUACAAGUGCUUAUUAUAGAGGUGCUGUUGGUGCUUUACUUGUAUAUGACAUAACAAAGAGGCAAACCUUUGAUAAUGUCCAAAGGUGGCUGCGUGAACUGAGGGACCAUGCAGAUUCUAAUAUAGUUAUCAUGAUGGCUGGAAAUAAAUCUGAUUUGAGCCAUCUUAGAGCGGUUUCGGGGGAUGAUGGUCAAACAUUGGCAGAGAGGGAAGGUCUCUCGUUUCUCGAGACAUCUGCUCUGGAAGCAACCAACAUUGAGAAGGCAUUCCAAACCAUUUUGACAGAGAUUUAUCAUAUUGUUAGCAAAAAGGCACUAGCAGCUCAGGAAGCAGCUGCUAGUACCUCAGUUCCUGGUCAAGGUACCACCAUCAAUGUUGGGGAUGCAUCUGCGAAUACAAAGAGAGGCUGCUGCUCCACUUAAAGUGAAAUUUGAGUAAAAAGCAUUGCUAGCAGAUAGUAUUCCCCCCAAUUCUGUUUUGCCCCCUUUCUCUUUUUAUCUUUUUUUCCCCUCUUCUUUAUGGGUGAGAGAGACACAUGUAGAGUACAUUUACUUCAUUGAGUUGCGAAAACGAAGUAUGUGAAAUUUAUAAAAUAGUCUUGCUAGUUUCUUUCGAUUAUCUCUUCCGUGAUGUGAUAGUUUCUCAUGAAUUGAUGUAAUAUUGGAACUGACAUAUUGACGAUAUAGCGUGGUGGUUAAUGGGAAUCUGACAUUUUCAGAGAGGUCAGGUCAUGUAAGAUUAUACGUACCUUCGGGAUUUUGUUGGUUCA